AUGUCUUUGAAGAAGCUCCUGCCUGCUAAAAAGGUGUGGAAAAGCUUCAAAAACAAGCUUCAAUCGAAACUACGUGAAAUCAACUUCUCCAAGUCCAUCAAAACCACAAAAAAACAUUGCCUUGAAGCUUGGCUCUGCAAAUUUCAGACUCUUACGAGGCGAAUUGCAAGGCGUCGCCACCACCACUAUGGCUUCGCUAAGAGUUCAGCCAUAUAUGUGGAUGCACUCUUUCCGGGCCAAGCCAAAGAAAUGGUAGGGUCCAGUAGUGGUACUUUCACCGCGGCCAAAUCUGAAAAUAUUAAGACUCUUAGCGAAAAAAAGCAUGUUGAUGAAAAGAUAUCAGCAGGAAAAGGUGAGCCUAGAAACACUAAUUGUGCUGAUAAAUGGAAAAUUCCUCUGGUGCCACAAUUUCGAGGAGUUGAUGAGAGGGCUGAGGAAUUCAUCUAUAAAUUCAGAGAAGAAAUGAAGCUUCAAAGAGAGCAGUCAAUUCUUGAAUUCGAGGAGAUGCUCGCCCGAAAGCAUCGUGAUGCUGCUUCGUUGAAGCUCCACUGCACGUUGCGACGCAACUUUGCAUUAGCUGGCACUAGUAUUGAUAGCAGCACGGCGAGCGCUAGCGUUCAGCGACUGCAAAAGGUAAACUUGCUGACGUUGGUAACGGUAGAGUUGCUCGGUGCUGCAAAUUGUAGAGUUGCCCAGCAGCUUUGCUCAGCGACAGCAACGUCGAUGGCCGGGGAAAAAUCAAGGUUUUGA